GGCUUGCAGGGGUUGGCUCAGCUGAAAGGUGAAUGUGCAAGGAAGCAGCUGUGGAGGUGUGUGUGGUGUGGGUAUGUGUUCAGAGUCAGAGUGUCUGCAGCAGGCACAGACAGUUGGGCUCUGUUCAGGCAGAGGAGUUUUUCUUCCUUCAGAAACUGAUCAAGACAAGUCAGCAGCAGGGGCUGGCUACAUGGGGAAAGCACCCUGGUUUGUCUUUUGCAUGAGGACUGGAGCCACAGAAAGGCAAGAGGAGGAAGAGGAAAGAAGGCGGGAGCAGACUGUGAAAUUUGGUUUCUUUCUCCUGAACUGCGAGUGAGUCUGGGACACCUGAAUUUGAUAUGCCAACUGAAAUCUCUCAUGCUGAGAGAAUGCAUGCCAUCUCUGGCUUCCAUUCCUCGCUGACAGCACGGCUUCUCAACAAGGGUCCAGAGUACCUUCGCAAACAGAUGGAGGCAGGCAACCCAGGCAAGAAGAGUGCCGUGGAAAGACUGGCAGCAGAUAAACCCAAGUAUGUCAAAAGUCAGCAGGUAAUCAGGACUAGGCAGGAGCCGGUGGUGGUCACGGCACUCAGUUCAGCUUCAGAGAGCAGCAGCGAGAGCUGUUCUGUGGAAAGCAAGAAAGCCAACAACGAAGCUGAAGAGAAGAGUGCCAAAUCUCAAGUUAACCACACUUUGGAUUCUGGCCCUGCUCCCCUGGAACGUGGCCCUCCUAUCGUGAGGCGCAGCAGCGCCAAGAGGCAGAUCAGGCCAGACUCCUUAGUGAUCUAUCGCCAGAAAUGUGAGUUUGUGAGAGGUCAAAGCCAAGAGAGCACUCGUGGGAGUUUGGUCAGAAGGCUAUUCCAGGGCUCCUUCAAAGAAAAGCAGCUGGUUUCUGAGGCAUCCAAAGCCAUGGUCAAGGAGGAUGUCUCCCCUGAAGCAGAUGGGAUUAAGUUGGUCAAAGAGGUGAACUGCAAUCUGGCAGGGCAGACUGUACCUCCAAAGGCAGGUCCAGCAGCCAUUCUCACCAGCAGGUGUGAGAAUGCCCCAAAUCAGACUGUGGCAACUUAUGACAUGAAGGAGGUAAGGCGGAAAGGUCUGCAUCGCUCCCAGUCGGAUAUUAGUUCUCGGUACUCAAAAUCGUUCUCUGAAUUUGACACUUUCUUUAAAUACUGUGGCCUUGAACCUGAGGUAAUAGAAGACCUCGGCCAGGAGAACUUUUCUGUUGCUUCUGACAAUUUCUCCUUUCGGAUCCGAAGCAUUAGCGUGGCCACAUCAGACAGCGACUUCACGAGGCACAGUGGUGAUGAUGGACUCCUGGAAGAAGAACUCACAGAACAGGUCCCCACUGGCACUUCAGUGAUUGAACGUAAUGCUCGGAUAAUCAAAUGGCUGUACACCUGCAAGAAAGCCAAGGAGGCAAACACCAUGAUGCAGGAGUUAGCAUAAAGAUUACUUCCUCCAGAACAUGGUGUGGCCUGUAGGCACUCAUGUAAAGUUAAAUUAAAGACCACCUCCACCAAAAGUGUCAGAUGCCUCGCUAUUCUCAUGAUUUCCAUGGAUUUAUGUUGCAUCUUAUUCUAAUGAAGAGAGAAUUCUGGAAUAAGCACACAACCACAGAAAUAUGCAGCUCAAUCCUAGAUGAGGUUACUCGGAAACAAACCCUAGUCUGUUUAUCCCUAUUUAGGUAUGUAGGAUCAGUGGUGGCUGGUGACGUCAAUGUCAGUGGGAUGUUGGGUCAACUCCAGAUGUUAAGCCAAACCUGGAAAGAGCUAUCCAAAGUGCUGGGUCUAUUAAGGGAUAGGAUUUCCCAUGCAAACAAAGUGAUGCUCAAAAUUCUACAACACAGAUUUUACCAAUAUAGAGCAAGGAAUAUCACAUGUCCAAACUAGGUUUAGGAAAGGAAAAUGCACUAGGAAUAAUAUUACAAACAUAUGUUGGUUAAUGGAGUGCACCAAAGAAUUUCAGAAGAAAAUCAGCCUGUGCUUUAUAGACUAUAACAAUGGCUUUGAUUGUAUACCUCAUGAAAAAAAGCAAUGAAAUAUGAAGAUGUCCAGCACAGCCAUUUCAGUGGGUAGACCUCUAGUCAGUUUCCCAACCCUUUUCAAAACAGUUUUUAAAAUAUAUAUCUAUAAAGAAAUGGAUGGGGGGGGGGAAUCCAACAAGAAACAACUAUUUAAACAGGGAAACAUACAAGUAUUUUUUUUAAUGCUUCCAAAAAGGUAGGUUGCCUGAAGUAUAUGGAGAUGAGGAAAGGUGAUCUGGCUGCUUCAUUGAUCUUUGGAGUCUGAAUGUCCAAUGGCAGCAUUUCAAUAAAAUGUCAUCCUCUCUUUUUCUCAAUUUCUCUCUCUAUCUUUUCUUUUUAGAAUGGAAGACAUUCUGUGCUAAGCUAAACAGAUGGACUUGCCACAACCAUUUCUAGAACUCUUGCUCACCUAUGCAGGUUACAACCUGGGAAACAGCAAUUCCUCGUUGAAGACUGAAGCUGGGAAUCAGUAGAAAAAUCAGGCUUCAUCAUGACCAGAAUAUGUAGAACUGGAAGUCGCUUCCCCUCUUAAUUCCAUCACAAAUGCACAGAAUAGGACAGUGGUGUUGAUCCACAUAUGGCUUUGAUGCACAUUCGUUUAGAAAAGAAGAAACAGAGAUCAUCUCUUAAACUUGAGAGCAUGUAUACAGUUAAGUGUACUGUAAGAAAUGUAUGUGUCCAUUUUGUGGUGUACAGAUAUAUGGGAUAGAAAAAUGCUAUGAUUUGUUUCCCAAGCCAUGUAUACAUGUACAUGACUUCCUAAUGUGUGUACUUAUAUGUGGGCAAAAUAAAUACUGGCUAAGAUCCUGAUUUUGCUCCUGCCAACAAAUGGGGGAAAUUGACUUUACUUCCCCCUGUUCAGACAUCAAGCUCCUAAAAAUCUGUUCCAGAGUUGAAAGAUCAUCAGGAACAGCAAGGAGCUUCAAGGAAAAGGGAAAUGGGUGAAAAUAAUCUUAAUACCCGUUCCAUCAGUGGGAUCCACUGCUAGAAUUUUAUUUUGCUCAUAAACAGUACACUGUAUUCUGUUCACAGAAGACCAAUUAGAAUGAGAUCCAAGCUGUUGCCCAGUCUUAGUGGGGUAUAUACACCUGGGCUGCCCAAUGAGGUUACCUUCACCUUCAUGUCUAACAGAAAUGAAGACAAAAUUGUUUUUCUGAUCGAUCACAUAGCAGUCGUGUGUGUGUAAUGGAUCUCCUACAUGCCUUUCUUUAAAAGAAGGUAAAAUGGGGAAACUAGUAUUCAUAACUACUAUUUUUAAAAAAGGGUUUUAUCCAGCAAAUCUUACUCUGGAAAAAAAUUGGCCAGCAGAAUGAAUAAGAUUAUACAGCUGCCCAUCUGUUUUUGCAGGGGAUCCGUUCUGGAACACACACACUGCAAAAACAGAAAUUUGCAUAUAUGCAACCCCAAUUGGCUUGAAUAGGGGUGCUCUUUUGUGGGCGGCUGCAGGCGCAUGCCAUGGGCACACACCCCAUUGUUUCCUCUCCAUUUCUCACUUGCUUAUAUGCAAGGGACGCAGAUCUCAAGUCCACAAAAAUGGAGGGGUGACUGUAUAUAUAUUGCCUUAACCAGAAUCAGAAUACUGUCCAGUCUCUAUCAUACUACUUCAGCUUGGUUCCCUCCAGGUAUUUUGGACUGUAACUCCCACAGCCUUAGCCAGCUUGGCUAAUGUUCAGGUGUUUUUGUUGAGAGCCCACAAAAAUACCUGGAGGGUAUCUCAUUGGUGAAAGCUGUUUUACACUGACUGGUAGUGGCUGCACAGGAUUUCAUGUAGUACUUUAUGAUAGGGGUACAGCCAAGGGCCUUGAGAAUCCAAAACAUGUGCCUUGCUUCCAAGCUACAAUCUUUCCCCAUUGUUCAUGACCUUUCAUUUCCCACGCUCCUUUCACAUUAUGAGACCAUCCUGCCCCCUGAAAAACCGAUCUUGGAAGCCAAGGAAUCUUCCUAAACGGAAACCAAUGUGGCAUUGGAAAUUUAUGUGGACAAGUAAAUUAAUAACCUCCUCCUUUCCCUACAUGGCAGCGUUUGCUGCUUGUGCACAGGAGCUAACUAAUCAUAGGGUAAGAUGACACCAACCAGUAGUUCAGAAACAAAGGGACCAAGAUCACUGUUAAAGAAUGGCAAUGGUUUAAUACACACACACACACACACACACACACACACACAGAGAGAGAGAGAGAGAGAGAGAGAGAAGGUGGAAGGCAGAAGGCAGAAGUCGGAAAGCAAAAUGUUGGUCUAAACAUGCCUGCAGGCAUAUAACUGGGAUAGUUACAGUGUCUGUAAAAAGAUGGCUUCUGAGUACGGUUUUCUAAACAAGGCCUCCUCCAUUGCCACUUGGGAACAGCUGUCAUUUCUGUAACAGCAAACAAAUGCAAACAUGUCUUUUCCUGAUCUCUCUUUCAUACAUACAACACACACACACACACACACACAGACACUAUCUUGGUUUGGAGGGAAGGAAUUCACAUAUUUUGGAUAAAUGAUGAUGAUAAUGAUAUUUCUACUAGUACUACUGUACUACUGCUGCUGCUACUACUUGUUUUUGUUAAUGAUUAUUGAGUAAUUUUGAUGCUUAUCAGAAUUACUGUAAGCAAAGAAAGAAAGAAAGAAAGAAAGAAAGAAAGUAAGUUUCAACAUUCCAUAGAUGGUGCCAGUCAGUAAGUCCAGGCAUGGCUGGCAUGCUCAGACUGGUAGUACAGAAUGCAAUUCAUGUUUUAAGACUGGCAUCAACUAUUAUGCCUGGCUAACACUGACCUAUCACUUCAUCAUUUUAGAAAACGGUUUGAUGUUUGAUUCAUAAUUCUUGACAGGAAAGCUCUAUUGAGACCGCUUUUGAUGAUGGUUUCAUGAGAAGCACAAGUGUCUUUUAUUGUAAAAGAGUAUUCCCGAGAUACAUCUACUCUAUUCAGUAUAAAGGUUAGACUUUUUCUGCAGAAGGCUUUAAUCAUAUUGGCCAUAUAUUAUCUAUAGCAACACUGUUACCAGGCCUCUAUAAAUAUCAGUUGCUGGGGAAAGAAGCACCCAUUUCCUGUUUUGUGGGUGUUCACAUUGGUCCCUGUAGAAGGAAGAUGCUGGACCGGACAAACCUCUUGUCUUAUGCAGCAGAACUAUUUAAAAAGCAAUCUGAACUGCUUUAAAUAAAUCAGGAGUAGGAAAUGUGUCAUCCUUAGACCACAAGCACAUCGUUGUGGUUUGCUUUCAAGUCAUGGCUAAUUUAUAGCAACCUGUCCUAAGGUUUUAUUGGUGUUAUUUGUUCAGAGGGGGUUUGUCACUGCUUUGCUCUGAGGCUAAGAGGGAUUCCUAAGGCCACCAAGUGGAUUUCCAUAACUGAGCAGGGAUUUGAAUUUUGCUUUCUCAAGGCAUAUCACAUUACAAAAGUAAGAUGGGAUGCACCAAGAUAGAAACAGUUUUCUGUUUACCUCUCCGCAUGGCCUUCUAUUCCCAAGGGAGAUGAUUGUAAAAGCAUGUCUUUCGUUGUGCUGAAAAAAAUCAGUUUGGCAAAAGGCAUGCUUUCACGUCACUCCCCUUCUGGAGUCUCCUAGUCCAACACUCAAACAACUAAACCAUGCUAGAUUUAACUCCCAUGACUUUAUUGUACUCUCUGUAGAUAGUGGUUUGAAUAUAGGAUGUAGACUCUGCAGAUCAGGGUUUGAGUCCCCGCUCAGCCAUGGAAACCUACUGAUGACCUUUGGUCAUACACUCUCAGCCCCAGAAAAUCGCAUGAUAGGUUUACCUUAGGAUCGCCAUAACUCAAAAAUGACUUUAAGGCACACAAGAACAACAGCAAACUUGAUCAGGUCUGAAAGCCAGAGAGACAGGCUUGUUGUUUCCACUGCUGUUGCAGUAUAGUACUGUGAUAGCUAGCCAGUUCUCAAGCAAGUACUGGAAGCUAAUGAAGUAGCAUGGAACUCCUCUUCGAUUCUGAUUUGUGACCAAUAAGCAAUGAAGAGAUAUUUCCUAUUGAUUGCUGUAUUAUUCCAAACAAAAGCUGAGCCUGAAAUAUGGAAAAUGAAAUAAGCACAUAAUGAGCACCUUUGUACAUCUUUUGUUGCUAGUCUUGUAAAUUGUACAUAUUUUAUAGAGAAGGAUCAUCAGAACACCCGAAACAAGUGACGUUUGUGGGUUUUUAAAUGAUACACUGCACUGCUCAAACCAUGGUAAGCCCAAGAAAUAGCCUAAAGCAAAAUAUACAAUCACGCCCCCCCCCCAAAAAAAAAAACAUAUAGAAGACAAAAAACUGGUAUAUAAUUCUCUCUUCAGCAUGACAACUUAGUGAAUUGUAGCCCUAAUUCCUUGCUCUGUUCUUGAGGCAGCCAUUCCAGUUUGUUUUAAAUAUAUUUCAGUGGGAGGAACUGAUCUCCACAUCAGGUCAGUCUCCACAUGAGGUCAGACUCCAUUUUGUGCAGAUGUUCUGUCUGCUAAGAUCCAAUUGUAUGGUAGCAAGUUGGGGGGGGGGAGAGAUUUCUUAUUUUAAUUUAUUCCAGCAUUGGAAAGCUAAACCAACACUUUAGGUGCUUAUAGAUAUGUGUAUAUAAAUAUAAAAAGUGUGUGUGUUUAAAAAUGUAUGUAAUGAAUUCUCACUGUAUGUCUUUCAAAUUUGUUUGAUCCUUAGAGUGUCCCCCCCCCUUCACCCCCCUCAAAUAAUGUGAUGGUGUUCAACAUUAUACUUACUGCCUAAAUGUCUUUGAGAAACAAGUACAAUCUUCCACUGCAUUUAGUCUCACUGCAUCUCUGUCAUUAAGACUGAUUCCUGCCUUAGACAAAAUGAUGCUACCAUGAUAGGACAGUUAACCAAUGGCAUUGGUUUUUUUUUAAUCACCAGAAUCCUAUAUGACCUGUUACAUUUUGUAGAUUUAUGUAUGCCUAGCUAUGUAGAAGAGGCACUAAGAAGGCCUUUUACUGAAUUGCAAAGAUUCAUAAGGAGAAACCAGGAGGAGCAUCCAAUGAGCAUCAAUGUGUGAGCACUCUUGCUGGCUUUGCUAGGUAAUAGCAUCAGCCAUCUACUUAAUAAGGAAGUUGCACAACUGCACAAUUCAAAUUCCCACAGAAGUCCAUUACAAAGACUAAGAACCAUUUGAAAAUUCAGAGGUAGAAAAUGCAGCUAGAUGGUCACAAAUCUCCCUGUCCCUGGUUUAUGGCUGAAUGGCAAAUAAAUUAUACUGGAUGAAUGAUUUCUAUUACAACUGUCAGAUACUUAGCCACAGCUAUUUUCUUCACUGUGAAAAGGAUGCAGUAUGCACUGAUACAGUUUUAUCAGGGAGAAGGUGCAAAGUCCAGGUUCAGGACAAGACACUGAUAUUUGCAAUAAAUGCCCUGUAUGACCCAUACAGUAUAAUGUAAAUAAUAAUUACAGGAAGCAAAUAUGUCAAAGUUGUUACAUAAUGGCUAAAAAGGGUUGUUAAAGGGAAUGCACGCGCACACACUCCAAAAUGUUCCUAAGGACAUGUCAAUGUUUGGCAUUUCUAGGAAGAAAAACAGACAUGGUUCUAAUGGAAAUUCGUGUUCUUAUGGUUCUGUUAAUAUUUCUUUUCUUUUCUAAAAAACCUAUUUUAUUUGUAUAUAAAAUAAAAAUAUAUACACUGAA